GUUGAGGAGUUUGUUUCCGUAAUAACAACCGAGUCCUAUUGCAUUGCACCUCUUUAAAAACCUCGCUUUAAAUCCCAGCAUUAAAACCCCCAUAACUCGUCAAGAUUUUCUCUUAAUUGGUUAUCAGUUACGAUAUUAUGGAGCGUGAGAAUCUUGAAAAGUUUAGGAUGAACCCUACAAACUUCCAGGAUUUCUCAAUGCCGGAAAACCACCUCCACCAGCCGGAUGCUCCCCUUUUCCCCACCGGAGACCACCACCGCCAGCAGGAUACUGGUAUUUUCACCUCCGGAAACCACCUCCAGGGCGUCCCUGAGAGCCAUCAUCUUCCCCCGGAGAUCAGCUCUUAUCACUCCACUAAUCUUGCCCUGAUGAAUUCUAAUCUCCAUGUUGGCCCUAGUAAUUUUUCCGAUACCCUUUACGAUCUUUCGCUCGAAUCGGAGUUCAAUAGGCUUAGCCUGUCGGCGCCACCUCCUCCACCGACCUUCUUGGCGCCGCCACCUGCUUAUGAUAGUGUUGUAGGCGCCGCCACCUCCCCCGCCCCUGGUGGUUCUAAUAUCAGGAACAAUUUAUCAAUUGAUCAUAUACCGCAUGGCAAUGGUUUCUCUUAUCCGCAGUUCUCUAAUGGCGACAUCCAGAGAAUGAGGGUUCAAUCAGCGGCAAGAGGGCAGAUGCAGGGACUAUACAUCCAGCCCCAAAACAAUCAUCUGUCUUUAGCCGAUCCUGAUAAUUUCAAUGCAUUUUAUGUAAACGGUAAUGUCAAUGGACUUUCCGACUAUGAUUUGGGCAAUGUUUAUAAUUCCAGGAGGAGCUUGAAUGGAAUUGUGGCCGGGUACCAGCCUCGUCCACAUCGAAACGGCCUUCCACGUCCUCAAGAACUGUUGGGAUAUGGAAAUCAUCAGUUAAAUUUGAAUAGAAACAAUGCCCAUUUUCAGUAUAGAUCAGCAGCCACCAAUGGAAUCAUUGAGUCAAACGAUCCAGCAUCAAUCUUGAUGUCUGAUUGGCGUAACGGGUCCAUCUUUGGAUCUAGAUGUCAUCCAAAUUAUUCGCCUACUUUGGAAGAUUUGAGGGGCAAGAUGUGUUUGUAUGCCAAGGAUCAACAUCGUUGUCGAUAUUUGCAGACUGUGGUGGAAGAGGGGAAGCCAGAAGAAAUCCACGCUAUCUUUUCAGAGGUGAAGGAUCAAAUUUGUGAGUUGAUGAUUAAUCAGUAUGGUAAUUAUCUCAUUCAGAAGUUGCUUGAGGUGUGCAAUGAAGGCCAGAUGACUGAGUUAGUUGUGCUAGUUAUUGAUGAUGACCGGACCUUGAAGGAUAUCUGCAUCGAUAUGUAUGGAACAAGAGCUGUGCAGAAGUUGAUUGAGCAUGUGACAACAGCAAAACAAAGGGCACUUGUUGUAUCUGUUUUGAAGCGCGUAACUGUUGCUCUCAUAAAAGACACGAAUGGUCAUCACGUGAUUCAGCAUUGCCUCAAAUUCUUUUCUAGUGAAGAUAACAAGCACAUUCUGAAUGUAGUAGCCGAUAACUGUCUUGACAUUGCCACUGACAAAAGUGGAUGCUGCGUCCUGCAACAAUGCGUAGCCCAUGCUCAAGGUGAACCACGAGACCGCCUUAUUGCAGAGAUCACCUCGAAUUCACUGAUUUUAUCAGAACAUCCUUAUGGGAAUUAUGUUGUGCAAUAUAUACUGGGAUUGAGGAUUCCUCAUGUGACAGCAGACAUAAUAGCACAAUUAACUGGAAGUUAUGUGUCUCUCUCCAUGAACAAGUAUGGAAGUAAUGUUGUUGAAAAAUGCCUGAGAGAGGCAGAAGGUGAUCAGGUUCUCCAUAUAAUCAAUGAGAUUACCAACAGUCCCAAUUUCUUGAGGGUUCUUCAGGAUCCCUACGGCAACUAUGUCGCCCAAUCUGCUCUUAAUAUCUCCAAGGGAACUGUUCGCAACAAUAUGAACAAUCUGAUUUAUUUUCAUUAUGCAUUCUUGCAUAGCCAUCCUCAUGGAAAAAGGGUUCUUGCACGUACUAAAGGAAGUAAACAGCGUGUAUGAAUUGUGUAUCUCAACCAGCUUCAAAGCCAAGUGUUUAUCUAUGCAGGUCACCGCCACCAUCACUACGACCAAGACCAUGACCACGAUCCUCCAACCCCCCACCCCCACCGACAUAUUUCUUUGUUUUUUUGUUUUCUAGUCUUAUUGUUUAUGUUGUCGCAAAACUUAUUAUCUUAGUAUC